CGUUCUCGCUGCCGUCGUCAUUCUUCCGGUGAUAGCCGCGGCCGCUGUCGUCGUCCUGUCCGCGCACGCACGUGUGAUUGUGCCUACGACGUGCCGCGUCUUCGACGACAGCACUCGUCGCAUCUGCUGGGCUCAUCUAUUGCCGGCCAGCGACUAGUGAUCAACCAUCUCGUUUCGCCAAAGUGAAAUCAAAUUGGGAGUGUCCGAGAGAGAGCGAGGGAAGGAGAAGGACGUGUACGAAUUGAUCUCUCCGUCGGUGGAGAUAAAGCGAAGACAGGAGCGCAGCGGAGGCAGGUUUAGAGUUCCUAAGGAAAGAAGGAGAGUGCGAGAGAGAAGUCCGGGGGAGAGUUCGAUCUGUCUCGAUCGACCAAAAAGAAAGGAAAUAGCGCGUUUCUCUGAGUGUUAGUGGUGUGUCGAGUGAAUUAUUCUAUUCUGGUCGAGGUUGUGUGUCGUUGUACAGUGCCUCCAAACGAUACCACAACAUCCGAUCCCAAAUGAAGAGUUCGGAGCAAAAUGGUUAGAGAGACACGUCACCUGUGGGUUGGAAAUCUGCCGGAAAACAUCCGAGAGGAUCGCAUCAGGGAUCAUUUCAAACGGUAUGGACGCGUGCAGAGCGUCAAGCUGCUGCCACGGGGCGAGGAGUGCCCUGUGGAUGGAGGUUCCAGUAGUUCCCUUGGCGAGGGCAAUGAGGGCGGUUCCGGUUCCAGUUCAGGCGGCGGUGGCGGUAGCGGGGGCGGCAGUUCCUCGAUCAGCGGGGGUGCGUCAGCGACGGUGGCGUUCAUGGAUAUCAAAUCCGCAGCAAAGGCCCACGCGACUGAGCAUACGUUGGACGAACGAGCCCUCACCACGCAGUACUAUGAGCCACAACAUCUUCAGCACAGGUUCCCCUCUCACGGAAGUUCAGAGGAUCAUGGAUCCGGCGGCGGUAGCGGGGGAGGAGGUGGCGGAACAGGCGGCGUUUCCGGCAGUGGCAGCGGUGGUGGCGGGAACACCGGUGCCGGGGUCGGCGGUAGCGGCGGUGGCGGUGAACGAGGCGACAGGGGAGGCGAGAAUUUCGACUCACGUGGUUCCCACGGCAGCUUCUAUGGUAGCGAGAGGAGCAACCGAGUGGUUGGCACCGGGGGCGGCGGCGUCGUCGGCAGCGGCGGCGGCAGCGGUGGCGGCAACGUCGGUGGUCAUUCGGCGGACCCAUCGACGGGGGACCCUGGCGGGUACAUAUCCCGUAGCCGUCCACCACCUGCGAGCUCCUAUCACGUGACAUCGAGCAGGGCGAGGGAUCGGCUAUACCCGAGGACCGGCCCGUACGUCUCUGGGCCGCCGCCCCCGCCCCAUUUAGAUCGUCAUCGUGGAAGUCUACCACCAUCGUCCUGGUCGUACGAGCCGACGAGUUCGAGAUACGGCGGUGCACCACCACCACCCUCGCCCGCCACAAAUGACGCUUACUCAGACGAACAAGGAGGUGGUGGAGGCGGUGGUAGCGGUAGUGUCGGUGCUCUGCGACAGCACAAAAAACAGCGCAGAAAAUCGCGCAGUGGGAGCAGUUCGCCAAGCGGUAGCAGUCGUUCCGGAAGUAGCAGCAGUAGUCGAAGCGGUAGCUCGGGCGGCAGCACUUCCGGGGGCAGCACGUCGCCCGGCAGCUCGCCACAUCGCACGAGCAACGUAGCUAUCACGGAGGACCGUAGACCAUUGGCCAUCUGCGUAAGGAAUCUACCAGCUCGCAGUAGUGAUACUUCUCUCAAGGAUGGCCUUUUCCAUGAGUACAAGAAGCAUGGCAAGGUGACGUGGGUGAAGGUCGUCGGUGCAGCCGGCGACAGAUAUGCCCUAGUCUGUUUUAAGAAGCCCGAAGACGUGGAAAAAGCUCUCGAGGUUUCGCAAGAUAAGCUUUUCUUUGGGUGUAAAAUUGAAGUGGCACCUUAUCAGGGCUAUGACGUGGAGGACAAUGAAUUUAGGCCGUACGAGGCGGAACUCGAUGAAUAUCAUCCAAAAGCAACAAGAACAUUGUUUAUUGGAAACCUCGAAAAGGACGUUACGUCGUCUGAACUCAGGAAGCAUUUUGAACCAUUCGGCGAAAUAAUAGAAAUUGAUAUUAAGAAACAAGGCGCCGUAUCGAGUUAUGCUUUCUGUCAAUAUUCGGAUAUCGGUAGUGUUGUUAAAGCGAUGAGAUCGAUGGAUGGUGAACAUCUGGGUGCGAAUCGUAUUAAACUUGGAUUCGGGAAAUCGAUGCCCACAUCGUGUGUUUGGGUCGAUGGUAUUGGAGAUUGUAUGUCCGAGAAAUAUUUAAACAUGCAAUUUCAUCAAUUUGGACCGAUAACUCAGGUAGUGGUAGAUCGUGAGCGUGGUCACGCUCUGGUCUUUUUUGAUCAAGUAAGUUGCGCUCAAGCUGCUGUAAAAGAGAUGCGAGGAGCUGCGCUUCGUGGUCGCCGUUUACAAGUCGAUUUUGCAUCAAGGGAAUGUCAAGAAACGUUUUAUGAACAUCUCGAGCGUCAAGGAAACGCUAGUGAAAAACCUUGGGAUUCGAGGCCUUCGCCAGCGUCAUCAUUUGAUGUGACUUAUAAGUUCACGAGUUAUAAUCAAGAACUUAAAACGAGUGCAUUCAUGAUUCGAAGGAUUCCUUCUAGGCGGGAGCGUAGUAGCUUUGACUCGACAGUGACGAGUUCGAGCAACAGAUUCACGCGCUACGACACGCCCCCGCGAUCGAGAACGGCGAACUAUUCACGAACUUCUGGAAGUAGUACACCAGGUGCGAGUCCAGCUCAUCCGACGGCAAUGUCACGAAGUAAUAGACGAUCUUAUCAGGAUUCUUACUACGAUGGUGAUUACGGUGAACCGGGGUUACGACGGCUGCGCUGCAUUGAUGAGUUCAGUCAAGGCAGUGGUGCGAGUCACGACGAUUAUCAGAGUAGUGUUCUCAGCGAUGGCAAACUGAACGACGACGAUUGCCCGCCACCGUCGCGACGUCAUACAGUUCAAAGCGUCGUUACGAGCGUCGAUCCACCUGCGCCACCACCACCAUUAUUACCUCCGCCCGAUAUUCGACAUCUCCAAAAGGAGCGUGUUCAUUUAUUGGAACAACUCGAGGAAUGUCAUAGUAGCGGCGACGAGGUCGGUUUUGUACCGAAAAAACGCGCGAAGCUUGACAGUUCGUCGACGACUAUACUUUGUGAAGACGACGAGCCAGAAAUCGCGUCGUUACUCGUUACCUCGCACUCUAAUAGAAAAGGCAUGGACUUUAGGCGCGUUAGUGAUAGCAAAGUAGUGGUGCACCAUAGCACAAGGAGAGGUAGUUGCGAGGGCAGGGGUCCUGGACCUUGUAAACGUCGUCGGGAUGCCACUAGCAGACAUCACGAGCAUCAUGAUGGAUCUCGACCAGGUACUCCUCUCGUUGAUGAGCGACCAGAGAAUUUGGUACCAAGUGAACCAAGACGAUUUAGAGAAAGGAGUCAUGAGGGUCCAUUAUCGUUGCCUCUACCAAGGUUUGCGGCACAAAUGUUGAACAACAACAAUAAUACGAGCAGUAGUAAUAAUAACAAUGGCAGCAGCACUCGAUCGAGUAGUGCCAGCCUCGCCAAAGUUGCUAGUCCGCCAUGUGCCAGCUUGUCUACUGCGCCCAGCCCUCGUGCCGCUCCACAACCGCCGGCUUCACCGCCUCCUAGACAUGCCAGUUCGAGCCCAACCAGUUCGGACAGCGAGACAGCACCGCAGUCCCCUAGUCUGGAAGAGAGAAUACGUUCUUUGGAUGAAAAAUAUGAAAAGUGGUCCGGUUCGAGAGCAUUGAGUGCUGCUGGCGGUGACGCCCUGGCAAAACUCGAUGCUAGCGCUUCAGAAAGAUUCCGAUUUCGACACAAACUGCUCGAUAUGGAUCUUCAUGAAGUGCAACCUUCCGACAUUGUAAAGUCGGUUCUUGCAAAAAGAAGUGUAUUUGACGAGGACUCGAAACGAUUAGAGAAUUUUAGUGAAAAGUAUGAACCACGAGAAUUUACUGGUGUUAUUGGCGUUAGUUCCAUGAUCGGAAGCACCGCUGGUCUUACUACUGGCGGCUGUACCAGCAAAGUUUGUUUGCAGUAUCCGUUUCCUAGUCAUCCGCCGGUACAGCCGACCAGCGGUACUUCGAUUAGUCAAGUCGGUAUUAAUACGUCAUUGUCCGCGAGUCUGACUCCGACGACGUCCUCGAUGGCCUCGACGACACUAAAGAGUGACCCGCGGAUGGUGCAACAUAACUGCAUACAUCCAACGCCAGCGACGCCGAUCACACCUGGCACUUCUAUCAAGACAGUUAGUCCUGAAUUACCACCGGUUUCUCUACCAAUCGGUCUUGUUAGCGGAACAGCAGCCAGUAGUGGCAAUGGUAGUGGUUUAGCAUCAGCCAGUAGUCUUCUAAGCAGCAGUGGUAGCGUAGGUAGUAUUCACAAUCUUGGAGCCUCGACACAUCGGGGAUUGGGUAUCUCCGCGACUACUCCGUCACCAACAGUGACUGCGGCGUCAACUGAUGCUUUCUCGACUGCAACAACAACAGCGAUAUCUGUUGCGACAACUUCGUCAGCGGCAGCAGCGACAACGACGAUGUCUGUAACGGGCGCGAUAUCUUCCAUGACUAUUACCAGUUCGAUAGCUCCAUCGUCUUCCAUAACAUCCUCAUCCAAUUCUUCCUCUUCAUCGUCAUUAUCCACAUCUUCCACAGAUUUAACUCGGUCUCGUUUGAGGAAGGAAACGAGCGGUAGCAGUCGAGAGAACAGAGAUUCCCGAGACGGAAAAGACACCAGGGAAUCAAAACAUAAUAAAACGAAAGAUUGUCAAAGAAGAUCACGGAAGGAAGAAGCCGAUGUUGAUAGAAAUCGCAAAGAGAGGGAUGAAAGUUCGAACGUAAGUGAUAUCGGCAAUACGGAUAACCACAAUAGAGACUUUAAGGAAAAUAAAGAACUAAGAUAUGAACGGAAAGAACGAGAAGAAAAAGAAAGAAGAGAUAAAGAAGAUCGUGAUAGACAAGAGCGAAGAGAUAAGGAAGAUCGCGAUCGACAAGAGAAAAAAGAAAGAGAGGAACGCGAGAGGCGCGAAAAAGACGAAGAGAGGAGAGAAAAAGAAAGACAAGAUAAAGAACGACAAGAAAAAGAUAGAAGAGAACGGGAAGAAAGAGAAAGAGAACGUGAAAGGAAGGAAAGAGAGGAGAAUGAACUUAAAGAAAAGGAGAGAAGAGAGAAAGAACGUAUCGAUCGUGAGAGGAGAGAACGAGAGGAGAAGGAGCGGCAAGAACGGAGGGAACGUGAAGAACGUGAAAGAAGAGAGCGCGAAGAACGCGAAAGAAAAGAACGGGAAAUUCGAUUGGAACGCGAAAAACAAGAAAAGGAGCGCCUCAAAAGGGAAAGAGAAGAACAGGAAAGAAGAGAAAAGGAAGAACGGGAUAGGUUAGAACGAGAAAGGAGGAGAGAAGAGAAGGAACGUCUCGAACGAGAAAGAAAACGAGAAAGGGAAGAGAAGGAGAGAUUAGAGCGUGAACGGCGAAAAGAAAAGGAGGAACGAGAAAAAAUUGAAAAAGAAAAACGCGAGAAAGAGGAAAGGGAGAGGCUUGAGAAACUUGAAAGAGAGAAACACGAGAGGGAGAAGCGACGAGAACGCGAAGAUCAAGAGAGGCGAGAAAAAGAGAAGGCCGAGCGUGAGAAGAGAAGAGACCGUGAAGAAAAAGAUAAAGAAAAGAAAGAACGCGAUGAUAACAGACGGCAAUCAAUCGAGAAUCAUCUACAUCCCACUACUCAAUCUCAGAGUCAAAUUGCUCCAGCACCAGUGCCGAUCAAGCGCAGGUGUUCGUCACAAGAUUGUCCCACGGAUGAGGACGCUAAACGUGUAAAACUUUCAGAUCAUCGGCGAGACAGCAAAGACCGGUCUAGGCAAAACAGAAGAUCUGAAGAUCGCAAGCAUCGUAAUGACUCGCAUCGUUCUAGUCGAGAGAGUAGAGAGAGUCGUGACAGUAAGGAAAGCAACAAUGCAACGCAGGAUAGCAGAGACGGGACACACAGUGAAUCGACACGGGAAAACAACUCGAGAGACAGUGGAAAUAAGGAGAAGCAGAGGAGCAAAAAGAAUCGAUCGGAGAAAGAGACGAGAGAACGUAGUCCAAGAGUCUCACACGAAUCUGACAAAGAAUUUUUGUCAAGAUUGGAACUGUCAAAGAGAAAUGAUUCGAGUCCAUCGACUGAACAAUCAUCUGUGGGAACAAAUCAUACGAGGGACAUACAACAUCAUCAACAGCAGCAAUCUACAAUGAAUUCUCACAGUGAUGUGGACGACGGUCUUUCUACUCACGAGAUACAAGUGGCGAGAAAUCCAUCGGCCACAGAUACAGACAGUGAUGAACCUGCUAAGAAGCAUUCGAUCUUCGAUAUUGUCGACGAUGAACCUGCUUAUAUUAGUAUGUAUGACAAGGUGAAGGCUCGUUCAACGAAGAACAUGCAAAAACUAGAAGAAGAGAAGCGUCAGGUGCGUCUAAAGGAUAAAUUUUCGCAAUUGAAGCAAAGUCGUGCCAGACGAGAGGAGAAAAAGCAGAGCACGUCGUGGGAUGGAGAUUCAGUGAGUAGCAAAGCCUUGACCGAGGACGAGGCUUCUUCCGAAUCGGAUUCGACAAGAACAAAAUCGAGAAAGGGUUCGCGAUCUCGUAUUCACUCGGACACUAGUGAGGAAGAGGAAUCAUUCAACAACAAGGUUCGCAAGCCUGUAAAGACGGAGAAAUUUCUCGAGAGCGACGUCGAUCUCGGCUUUGCUGAUACCGAGGAAAAGCAAAAUUCGUUGGAGACUUCGAACGUUAUUGUAAACAGCGCACAUACGAAUAUCAAAGAAGAACCUCAUACAUCCGAUGAAGACGAGCGAGUUACAGUUGGUUUUCGUACGAAUCAUCCCACGAUAGUGGUGAAUAAUCACGAGAGAGACUCGCGGAAAAAGUCACACAAGAAGAAACAGAAACGUCAGAAGAACAGCAUUUCGAGUGAAGAGAACUUGAAAGUUGAACCAGCAGAAAAUCUAGAGCAUAAGAACAAAGCCAAUGUUGUUACGUCGAAUGCAGAUUGUCGACCGAAUCACGGCAUGGAAUUGACUACCGUUACUACGAUUGUCACAACAUUGGAAAACGCGGAAGAGAGAAUGCGAACCGAUAAAAAGCAACGUAGUAAAAAGGAGAAGAGACGUGAUCGAAAUGGGGAAGACAAAGUUAAAGCUAGACGAAAGAGGCUCAAUAGACAAGAAGCAAGGGAUUCUCAACGUAUGGAAGACAUCUUCGGCCCUCUUUCGGAUGAUGUUGAUGAUGGUCCACCUAACACAUUCUUCAACAGAUUUGGUAACAUGACUUCGGAAAACAGUGCAUAUGCUUCAGACAGCGAUGGUGGUCGUAGUUCGCUCGACAUGGACAGAAUAAAACGAAAGACGGAGAAGAAACGACGUCAUCAACCGGAGGAUGAGAAUAGCGUUGAUCUAGCCGAAGCCGGGCGAGAGAUCGAAGCGAAACUCUUGGGUAUACCAAGCUCUCCGAAGACUACUCCUGCAUGUACAGCCGAAACCAAUGAUCACGAUGUCUUUCGAUUUACCGAUGAUAAUGACAGUGUCGAACCAUCCACACCUUCGACAGUGCCGGAGAAAAUUAAGGAAAAGAAAAAGAAACGAAAGAAGUCGAAAGAGGAACGUAGUCGGAAGGAUUGCCAUCAUCAUCAUCACCAUCACCAUCAUCAUCACGAAAAGAGCGGCGAAUUACCUUAUUUGGGUGCUGAACCUAGUCCACCGAGAGCGAGCAGUCCAGUAUCUAAGACAAUAUCGCCCAACUUGCCUACGUCUAGAGAAACAUUAUUGAGCCCUAUACCUAAGGUAACUUCUAACGUAUCGACCAUACCGUCGAUUACUCCUCCAGUUGUAACCAGUAACAUUCAGAUCCCUAAAUCAGAAAAGAAGAAAGACAAGCUCAUACCCGGCUUUGGAAUAGAAAUAGACGAGACUAUCCACGAAAACGCCGUAAAAAGCAUCUCGGAGCCGGAUGAAAGAGAUAACAAUUGUCAAUCGCGUAAUAGCAGAGAAGAAUCCGAAGUAUCUGUAUCAACGACGCCCCCGGCUCAGAAUGAGGACAAACCGCGAGUGGCAAUAUCGCAAGAAGAAACGGAAGAUGCCGUCGCCGCGUUACUCGAAGAAAGAUUUGGUGUCUCGACGGAGAAAUUCUCGUAUGAAGGCGAAGAAGAGGAAACGGAAGUCGAUGAGGUUGCUGGGCCACCAGCCGAGGCACCUCAGGAGGAUGUCGAAGAAAUGCAGCAAGCUGUUGAAAGUUUAAAUGCUUCGACGGGGGAAGGUGAUGCGGAUCUAAAACCAGAUACACCACAGAGUGAGCACGAUCUUCAAAUUGACACCGACACGGAGGAAGAUCCGAAUUAUGAGACAGUUGAUCUUACACAACCACCAAAGACACCGGAUAUACCUUCAUUCUACAAAUCUCCGUCAAAGACGUUACCUAUAGCACCCGUCUUAACAGCGCCCGAGAAAUCAGUUGAGAUGCGAUUACCAUCCGCAGUAACGAAGCCGCAGAGUCCACCGACUUCUGUGAUCGCUCAUUCUUGGAGUUUAAACGAACACAGCAAACCACGCGAACCUGUGAAGCCUGUUCAGGUAGAAACUCCCGAAUCAAAUGCUGACAUUACCAAUCCAGAGAGAACAGUGCAGGUACAAAGAACCUCUGCGUCGCCACCACCACCUCAGUAUAAGCAGCCUAUGCUGGUACCAUGUAGCGUACCGAUUACAAGCGACGUACCCAAAUCACUUUCUGUUCCGAGUUCGCGGCCGUCAUCGAUCACCGUGCAACCUCUGUAUCAGAGGCUUCCUGUAUCCCCGCAAUCUCAAAUGGUACCGAUGCGCCAAGCUUCUCCCAAAAUGCAAAAUGUUACGACAGUUUCCUGCUCGUCAUCUUCCAACACAACACCAUUGCCACCAUUGGUUCCAUCGAGAAUGCCACCUUUAGUACCAUCGCAACCAUCACCACGCGUCUCUCAGCCGCUUUCACCUAACGGACAAUGGUCACGAAAUCCUACAUUGAAUCCACACGUAUCCAAUGUAGGAAAGAGAAAACCUCCGACAUCACCACCACCACCUACCAAGAUUGCAGUGUGCGUACCCAUUCCCGCUCAAAGACCGGAAACGACAAUCCAGCAAAUUUAUUCGACUGCGGCGACUCAACAACCAGUGAUACAACACGCAUCGGGAAUGCUGGCACCUGUCUCCGGUUAUCCACGUGGCGGUUUGCCACCAUUGACCCUGAACAUCCCACCGCGGCCUUAUAUGCCGGUACCACCAUUGGCAUCCGGUAUACAGGUCAAGAGCUCGCGCGAUUCUUCUCUAGGCGGCAAAUCCGUAAUCGAAACGUUACUUCCUGUAAAUCCAAACGAACCUUCGCAGAGACUAGAAGAACCAAAAUUAUCACCUGCCGUUAUACCAGAGCCAACGAACAAAGCGUCAACUUCUCCUAAAGUUCCUUCGCCGAAUCAACCACCCACGUAUAUACCUGAAACGGCAAAGAUCGAGAUCAAUGCCAGUACAUCCAGUCCAGUAUUUGGCAAACCUGCCUACGUUACGGAUAGUUACACAAUGUCAUCCAGAACGCAAAAACAGAUGUCCGUAUCUAUCACAACGGAUAGUAAUCUGUUGUCGCCAAGACAAAAGCAGGAAGUGUCGAACCUUCAACUUUUAACUACGCACGUUCCUCGUUCAUCUACUCCCAGUCCUGUGAUUGUGGCUCACGGUCAACCUCAUUUACUUCACAAAUCCAUACAUAUAUUAGGCCCACCGACUGCCUCUUCUCCGAAUCAACCGUUAAUAAAAACCGUAGUACCUGUAGUUCCCCAGCAAGUAACGUCGAACGCACCGCCGUCGGUACCUAGUGACAAAUGCGUUGUCCCGCAGACGCCUGUUGCUUGUCAGAGGCAGUCACCCGUCUCUCAAAGUCAAGUAGUGAAAUCUCACAUACCGUUGGUAUCGACGGUAUCACAGACAAUAAUAACUAGGGUAGUACCAUCUACUGCAUCUUCUGUAUCAACGCCACCGAUAAACGAGCAAACCACGCCGGAAUGUUUGGAGCCACGUAUAAUUCCGGGACAACAAAUGGAGUUAGACACUGAAGCGCAGAUUAAUCAAACAGCUCAACCGAUGCAACUUACACCACCUGUACAAUCUAUUCAACCGAUAGACGAAAUAAAGAAGGAACCAGCCGAUGUUGAACAGGAGGACACAAUAGACGAAGCUGCAUGUAAUGUAACCGAAUCCGAAAAGCCCUUGAAUCCACCAUCUAUAAAAGAAGAAAACGUAGAAUUGAAACAAGAGAAUCAAGAAGUCAUCAAUACGGAAAUUGCACCAUGCGUUCCUAAAGUUGAACCUACAGAUACUAUUGUACCGAAACUCGAAACAGAAAUUCCUAUAAAAAUGGAGCCUGUGAAUGAAAUUAAGGAAGAGGAAACUGUAAAGGAAACUGAUGAAGUUGAAUUAGAUGAAGAGCCAGUAGAAGAUCUAUUGAAAGAGCCGAGCACAGAUCCUCUAGCUAUCGAUAUCAAGGAAGAUCCAACUGAUAGCAAAGAGGAUAGCGAUUAUUGGUCUGCGAAGGAGGUGAAUAUCGAAAGUGUCAUAAAGAAGAUCGAUGCUUUGUGCGACGGCGAAGGUAAUGACGGCGAUGACGAAACUCAACAGGGUAACGAGAGCCUAAAUAGCGACUCGCACGACAUCACUAAAAACGAGUCCGAUUGGUUCGAUACCGAAUCGACGGAGAGCGAGAGCAAAAAGAAUUUCGUCUCGGCCGAUGAUCAAGAUGAGAGCGCGGAAACGUGUGAAAACGAGUGUACAAGGAGUCGUCGCGGCAGAACGAAGAGUAGGCGUGGUAGUCGCGGCGGAGUUACUACUAGGCGGGGCGGUAGAAACGCGAGCGCUAUUUCUCAUCGCCGAGGUGGUAGAAGCUCCAGAGGUAGCAAACACCAUGUUGAGAAGAAUAAAUUGCCGGCUGACGUUUACGAGUUCCACGACGACAGUGAGGAGGAUAAUGCCGGUCGUCCACGACUUAUUCUUACAAUUAAAUCUCCCGGACCCAACGUGACGGGACCGAAUGCACAGCCGGCGACACCUGUGGCCGCGGUCAAAGAGGUGCCGCCGGAGGAAUUUGUCUCCCCGGCUGCUAAUACAAGAAAAUCCAGAAGGCUGGCAGAACGAGAUGGUAGUCGCAAUACCGUCGACGAUGUCAUCGAAGAUGUUGUUCGUGGAUCACCUACGAAUAAAGGACUAAUUAGCGGUAACAGCGGCAACGUACACGCUACUAGACGAAGUACCAGGCAUAACAAUGCCCCGCGUAAUACGGCACAGAUACCUGUCGCGCCGCUGACGGAACUUCGCAAAUCACCUAGAAGCAGCCGUAAAGCAGCGAGAAGAACGUCCGAGAAUAACGAUGACAGUGGAGAAGAAAAGGCUAAGGAAAUAACGACGCCACAAGAAGUUUCAAACAAGGAAGAAUCGAAAUCGGUUCAGAAGCCGGGAAGCCCGAAAGUGGAAGAGCCGGUACAGGUUGCUACACCAGCACCACUGAAGACGAUUUCACACGAACCGAUGACGUUAAUCGAUCCAGUCACGGGAAUGCUGAUACCGAUGAGAGAAUCCGAGGAGGGUCAAUACAUUCCUGUGUCCACGUCAUCUGGUCAAGCGCAAGCUACCAACAGAGCGCUUGGCGAAUCUCGAGGUGGUGGGUUACCUGCCGCAAGUCCGACGAGCGAAACAUCACGAGUGAAGCCAGUUUCCGAGAGUUCUGUCUUAGUAUCGGCGGAGCCAAAGAAAGAAGCCGUUAUAGAGCGUACACUUCAUCAACCUGCCCAACCACAAACUAGCGUGAUUACGAAACCGCAAUCCCCGGCGAUACAAGUAACUUCUACUAUUACUGUUGCGCAAUCCUCGACAGCAAGCACGACCAUCGUGACUACCGUGACUGCGACGAUCGCACCAACUACGACGGCACAGCCGAUAUCUACUUCUCCUUCGCAAGCGAAACCUACGAGUCUCAAGGCGCAUGUAUUGAAUGCCAGCAAGCUGAUAACAUCGACUCAACAGCAGGUCAUCACAAAACCUGUAGCGCCAAGUUUAUCCAACCAAACAAUAGUACAGAACAUUGUUAAGCCACCUGCGCAAGCGAUACAAGGUCUCAAUCUGCAAAUACCACCUGGCAGAGUUGUGUCGCCCAGUUUGAGCCCACGUACGAAACAGGCAGCACCGCUGGCCCCAGCGAACGGGAAACAAGGUCAACCUAUGUCUCCCGUGCUUAACAACACUGGAGCACCACCCAAUCCCAAGCAGCAUCUUCUUCAAGCGGCCAAGCAACAAACGUCGACAAUAGUAAAUAUGUCGCAGAAAAUGCCAAUAAACAUGCAUCCUACUAGUGUAAACGUCACUACUUCAACAUCAAGAAUCCAUCAACCGGUCUCACAGCCCACUGCUCUGAAGGGCAUCAAUGGACAACCUCAUCCGCUCAAUCCGAAAACGCAUUUAUUACAAGGUGUAGUGCCACCGAUUGGAACAGUAGCGAGUCCACCUACGCAGCCGCAUCUCGUCAAUCCGCAAAUUUCAACUGGUGUCAACAGUGUUCGACCAUCGGGACCGAAAGCUCCUAUCACUGGACCGAUGGAAUCUCAAAAAGUGGAAGUACCAAUGUCUGGCUGCAUCAUGGUGCCGACUGCAAGUCCACAAAGUCGCAGUGUACCAAUGCCAACGUACGAGGCUCCACUGCAUGGAAGUACGGGUGCUACUCCACCAGGGGGUCAGUAUGGUCUUGUUCCCCCGCAUCGUUCCCAGAGCCCUCCAUUGCCUCCACCCGCCCAUCAUCACGCUAAUACUUCACAGAGUGAAGUCAAUCAUUACGGAGGACUGGCUCGUGAUCACUAUUUACAUUCUCAGAUGCUCCAGUAUCAAUAUCUCCGCGUGCAACAAGAAGCGAUAACGACUCCUCGCAUGGCUUAUCACAUUCCAGGAACAAGAUCUCCACACUUACCUUUAGAUCCGAAACUCGAGACUGGUAUAGAAGACAAUCACAGUCCUCCUUUAGAAUUGAGACGGGGCACGAGAACACCUCAGGAUCGUACUACCGACAGCCCACAAAUUGCUCAAGUCUACGUGUUACACGGGGGAAUGAGACCGUUACCACCACCUCCACCACAAUACAAUACAGGAAGUAAUAAUCCAUCUCUACCUGGAACACCAGCUGGGGCUAGACCAGGUUACUACGAACCACCACCUGCCCAUUUGCGUUCUCAAUAUCCUAUGGCUGCCAGUGAAGCCCCGCCUGAGAUGGGUAGAGCUCCCACGCCGGAGAGGUGUAGGAAACAUCAGGUCGUCACUCCACCGCUUUACGCGUCUCAAGUGCCACCGCAAGCGGAUUCUUUUCAGAUGCUACUUCAACGUCAUCCGGUUAUGUGGCAAGGUUUAUUGGCACUCAAGAACGAUCAGGCGGCGGUACAAAUGCACUUUGUUUUUGGUAAUCCUAGAGUGGCCAGGGAUAGUUUGCCGUGUAACAGUGACGGCUCUACACCGCCAUUGAGAAUAGCUCAAAGAAUGAGAUUGGAACAAACUCAAGUCGAGGGCGUAGCAAGAAAGAUGCAGACUGAAGAUGAACAUUGUAUGCUGUUGGCACUACCUUGCGGCCGUGAUGAAGUAGAUGUACUACAGCAAAGCAAAAAUCUUCAAUCCGGAUUUAUUAUGUAUCUCCAACAAAAGCAAGCUGCUGGAAUUGUAAACAUUGCAGCACCUGGAUCUCAACAAGCGGCAUACGUAGUUCACAUUUUCCCAUCUUGUGAUUUUGCGCAUGAGACUUUAGCGAGAAUCGCACCGGACCUACAUCAUCGCGUUGCAAAAAUCGCUCACUUAUUAAUUGUCAUCGCCACAGUCUGAGGCCAAUUAGUGAUCUACCGGAUUAUGAUCUUUUUCAUAUCUCUCGCCUUCACGCACCGCAGGACGCUUCGUAUGGCAUGAAGCCUGAAGUGUCCAUCUGACACAUGCGUAGUUGUGCGAUAAAAAGAGGGAUGUAUUCAAGACGAAGAGCUCCUUUUCUGGAGUUGUAUCAGUGACAAUCAAACGGAACCUGGCGGUAAGCCAAUCUUUUAGAUCGUAGGCCUAAAGAGCGAGGCACGAGGUUGUGCAGUGAAGCGAGGUUAGCACUUGGGUUAUCAUCGUGCGUGCCUCUCUUCGAUGAAUUUCGCGCAGGCAAGCUCGUUUCGUUGUCUUGUCCUUUUUCUUUCCUUAUUUCGGCUUGUGACUCGCGUCAAUCAUUGACAACGUUUGUGGGAUCGACCGACGUCACUCUUGGUCUUUCUGACAAGCGAGUCAGGCACAACCCCAGCCUUCAAGACAAGACCUUCGAUUCGUCACACGACGCCCGCUUUACUUACGCUCGUCCUUCCUAUAGAGGGAACAGUAAUAACCCGUUGCUCUAGAUGGAUAAAUUCGAUGGAGAAUACCGAAUAAGAGAAUCCUUAACGUACACUCAUCACUAUUACACAGGAGCUAUUUUAAGUGAGGUUUAUAGGCGUUAAUGAUAAAUUGUGUAAAUUAUACAUUAAGCGAGCCACCGAGGGCAUAACUACUGUGAUUUUAAGUAUUUAACGAUAAUAUAAUUGCGUAUAAA